AGGGGCCGCGGGCCCCUUUGCGCCCCUCUCGCGGCGGCACGCGCCCGCGCGCCGCGCGCCUGCUCGGGGGAGGCAGGCGCCCGCCGCCGCCGCCCGAGCAGGCUAAUGCCGUCGUACAAGGAAGAGGUGGUCGAGUGGGCCAUCAGCGCCUCCAGGUAUGGGGUCAAGUGGUGGAUGCCGAUUCUGCUUAUUGGGGUGAGCAUGCUGAACACCCUGACUGGUGGCGUCUUUAUUUGGUGCGUGGGCAUCGUGCAGGCAGUGUUGUUCACGGUUGUUGGCAUGUCCAACGGGAAGGUGGGCGUGAUCGUGGCCCCCCUCUGCCUCACCGCUGGCGCCUCGAUUGCCGCGAUCAUGUACAUCCAGGUUAUGAAGACCUCCGGCGCGGACGCCCUCCUGGAGAGGACUGGGGCAAAAGACUCGAAGUUCCUGGCGCAGGCGCAGGAGACGCGCAGCGCUCCGCCCCGUGGCGACGCCCCCCUCGCGGCUGGCCAGGCGCCCAACGCCUCGCUGCAGGUCAACCCGCUGACUCCCGUCCCGACGGCGGUGCUCGUGGUGGCGGGCAUGCUGGCGAAAAUGGACGAGGUCACCGUUUUCUCAGUGCUGAUGGCCGGGAAGUUCCUGAUGCUUCUGUUGAAUUCCGUGGCAGUUUACUACGUUAGCGAAGGCCAGACCGUUGAGGACGUGUCUCGGUCGACCUCCUGCGCUCCUCGUGGCAGCGGGGGCGCGGGACGAGGCCGACGGCCGACCACGGGCCCUGGUUUGCAGAAGUUGCCCCCUCCUCCUCCUCCCCCCUCCUCCUCCCCCCUCCUCCUCCCCCCUCCUGCUCCUCCUCCAGCUCCUCCAGCUCCUCCUCCUCCUCCUCCUCCUCCGAUCUGACGUCUGCCGACCUGUUUUUUUUCAGUCCGUGGCCCCAUGGGGGCCCAAAUCGCCUGCUUCCCCGCAGGGGCAGGACCUCGUCCCGGACCCGUUUCUGCUGGGGGGGGGCCCAGAACCUUCGGCGCCACCCAAGCAUACUGACAUUCCCUUCACCUCGGCCUUCCAUACCUGCCGACCUCCGCGGAAGGCGCGACAGGUGAUGCGUGGGAGCGAUCGAAGACCUGAGGGAGCUCGAGAAAACUCAGCGUGUUCCACGAAGUGCAAGCGUGUGGAAGGUCAGCGCGGAAGGUCUGGCAGAACGAGGGCAAGGGCCGUGCGUGCGUCGCCCCCAGAUGGGGGGACCCGCGCGCUCAGAAAUCCUACGGUGCGUUCUCCGUGCUGGGCGCUUCCUGGCCAUGCCGUUCGGGCAGCGAUGUGCUAUGAUAUUGUGCACCAUGUGUUCGGGUCGGACUUGCGUCUCCGGCAGAGGCAUAUACUAUCGAAGACGCCUACGGCCCA